CGUCUGACUAGUAUACACUUGCAAAGCAAGGGCGGAAGAAAUUAUUUUUAAAUUCGUCACUCGUUCAUCCAACGAUGAUAGUGUUUUCAGACACCGGUUGCUUGUGAGUGCUAGUCAAUUAAGAGUGCAUGUCUACUUAUAUUAAAUAUAUCAUUAUUAACAAUGCUCCUACUGUAUGAUAGCUAGCAAAUGAAUUAGCUAACUAACGUGAGCCUACCUAGCUGGAACUGCUGAAGGAAAAAACAUAUUUACUUUAUGGGACGUGUUUGUGCCGUCAUGUACAUUAGUAGCACAAUUUCUAACUAAUUUGCAUUCGUUUUUACUUACACUUGUAUGUUCCAUUGAUGUUGUUUUUAAGUUUUCGCGGAUGUACAAUCGUAGCAAACUUAAUUAUGGGGAGUUUCAAGGCCCCGGGGUGAACAUAAUUGUACACUACACUCGCAAAGCCGACUAAAAACGAGGGUUGAGGGGUUUACGUUGCAAACUUCCCUUGCUUGACUGAACGGCAAGAUGGCGGGAUUCCCCCAGGGGCAUAAGGCUAUGGUAAGUGGACGAGGGUGUGUCUUAAGAAUUCGGCAGACAGAGUGGGAGGGUCGUCACAAAACUUCAAAUACCUAGCUUUUCAGGCGUUGUAGAUCUGUCAAGAGCCUGCAGCGUCCAAUGCUGCGUUCAAAACAACUGGAAACUAGGAAAUCUCUGAAUAAAGUGCGUUCAAAACAACUGGGAACUCGGAAAAACGUACUCUUACUGGGAAAAAUCGUUUUGAACGGUCAUCCAACUCGGAAGCCAGGUAAUUGCGUAACUUUUAUUCCAUUAAAACGUAAGUAAUUUACACUAAAACUUUUCUCAAGUGUUUAGGUUUUCGUACAAACAGCAAUGGAGGCAGAAGAAAUGGUGACUAAAAUCAACAGAAAAGAAUUGCGCAAGCAGAAGUUGAUGGAGUACUUAGCAAUCAAGGGAAGACUGAAGCCCCCCCAACCCAAACUGGCCAAUGGGAAAGAGAACCAGGCCAUGGGGAAAGAGAACCAGGGUCCAAAUUCCCUCAAGAUGAAAACGGAAGCCGUGAAGGUUCAAUAUCUGACGGCCAAAGCAUCUUCCCAAACCACUGGUACAUUGCACAGUACCACCAACAAACAGAGUUUCACCACUAGCAGCAGCACUCUGCAUCCCCUGUCUGCAGCAUCUCAACGCAAUCAAAGAUGCAAUAAAGCCUUCUGCAGUUGCCCUAAGUCACCCUGCCCACCUGAAAAUAGUCCCAGCCAGACCACACUCCACUCUCCCUACAAAAACAUGCCCAGGCACCACCAACCAGCCCAGAACUGAGCCCAACCCAGCUGUUAAAGCUAGCAAUACAUGCCCUAACUUUCCCUUUCACUCUGGUUGGUUAUCGAAAGGGAGAGAGCUGGAAAGAUUUUUCAAAUAUAUUGAGGAACUAUGGUUAUUCUCAACGGAUAUAAAAACAGACUUCAUUUUUUCUAAUGUAUUAAGUGUGUAUGAUUAUCCUGUGUUAUAAUUUAGUUAGCUAGUAAAUACAUAAUUAAACCAAUUUGUGUAGUACUGACUCAUAAGACUGGGGAUUUUGCAGAUGCAGGUGGUUACGACUGUUCAGAAUGAAGAUAUAAUAAGAGGUUAUAACCUCUUAUAGCUCCUUAAGGAUAGGGGGCGCUACAGCGAAUUUUGAAAAAAAUACGUGCCCAUUUUAAACGGCCUCCUACUCAAAUUCAGAAGCUAGGAUAUGC